AUGUCAUCAGACAAAAAAAAAUCGAAAAAACAGAAAAAAAAGAAAAACACAGUUCCCAAGGACGUUCAAGCUAUCAAUGUUGGUAUUUCUUCAAAAAGUAUAGAAACAUCGUUCCUCCCGUUCACAGGAAAAACAUAUAUAUUACGAGUAUUGUUUUGUAAAGAAGCAACUCAUGUUAUUAACAAAAUAGUUUCUAUGGAGGAUGUUGAACUUACUGACAUUGUUCCAUCUUCGAAAGAAGACGUUCAAAUUAGCAAUGUUGGUCCAUUUUCAGAAGAGGACUUUCAAACUAUUAAUGUUGUUUCUAUGGGGGAUGUUGAACCUACCGAAGUUGCUCCAUCUUUGAAAGAUGAUGUUCAAAUUAACAAUGUUAGUACUUCUUCAAAAAAUAAAGGAAAGUCCAAAAAAAUAGCAUCAUCUCUUAAUGACAAAUCAGUUUCUAUGGAGGGUGUUGAAUCUACCAAAGUUUCCCUAACUUCAAAAGAUAGAGAAGCUUCUUCAACUACUCCAAGCGUUAACACAGGGUACCCGAUUGGUAACUAUAAAAUGGCCCCAAUCAUGCAGGGUAAGAAGCUUACUGAUUGA